AAAGCGAGGAAGUUGAUGAUGGAUUGAUAAAACGCAAACGACAGGAAAUGGAAAUUGAAAUGACGUCGUUGUGAUUAAACACAAUCAUUGCAUUGCACCAUGUUACAGGAGUGUUAUCAAAGUACCUUUAUCCUGUGACGCACAAAAUAGGGAAAAAUAUGUGCCUAUAUAAGAUUAGUUAAUUUGUCUGUGGGCAUCAGUUACCAUUUGUAGCUCAUUAACUACACUAGAGAACAAAAUAAUCUAAUAGCAAAAAUGGCCCCAGUGAGUUUCCUGUUCGCGCUUGUCGUUUUGACGAGGCUUUCAGAUACCUACUCUCUCCCGUACAAUUCUGGUAAUGGAAUACAAGAUUCCUGGCCACGUGAAUGCGAGGGCAGAAAUUACUGUUGGAUAAAAACCGACGCUUACCGAAAACUACAAAAUAUAUUCGACGGUCUUUUGAGGGGAAAGACCAUGCAUUACAGGCUAGGCGAUGAGGAUGUGAGCGACCGAGACGGACAAGGAUCCCGGGUGAAAGAUAUAGGCCGAUGCAAACCAUCUAUGACCUACCCUAAAGUGAUAUACAUGAUUAAAGAUGAAGAUGGUACUAUCUGGUAUGUCCCGCAAACCACCAACUACACCGUUGAGAUUGAAAUCGAGGAAUGCGAGCAUCUUGGCCCGAUUCUGGAAGCUGAUAACACUGGUUUGGAUCCAAAUAAAUUAAGUGAAAAACAAGUGCACUGCGUCGAGCAACGAGUCGCACUUAUGUUCCCUGUACUGUACCAUGACGAUAAAAAAUAUAAGAUCAAGCUGCUGUCACCUCCCAAAGGGCUUCCACUGAGUUGUUCAACUAAAAUAGUCAAUAAACUGUAAAUAAAAUAAUUUCUAACAGUAUUGAAUGAUUCACGGUUAGUUUCACUAGACAUAAAUCGACCGGGAUAUGAUAUGAACCGUGAUUACAUUUUAUAUUGUUUAUGAGCUCUUGAUAUUUCGAUGCAGUUGCAUGCCGUUUUACGCAAGAAAAGAAUAAAUCAAUUUAAGUUAUUGUUUAAACUGUUUAUACGACUUUUUUUUUAUAAAAAGUUUUUAACCUUUAACAUAAAUAUUUAUACACCAAAGUAUCAAGUAUAAAUAUCGCUUAACCCGACAUUACUUGACUGUAUGUAAUACUACCACACGCUGACUUUGAAAAGCAGAGCUCGUAAACAAUUGUUAAACAAUAGAUCAACAUUAUGGUACUCUUUGUGCAAUUUUAAGCGGAAUCCCGCUAUAGUAUAUGAAAUGGGGUAUACCCCGUCGGGCAUACGGGCAUACAAUUUGCGUGGCGUUUUAAGAGCUAAUACUCAGGACCUUUAAAAUCCGAAUGCAAGACUCAGAUUAAAGACUACGCAGACACAGAUAUCUUGCGUUUCAGCAUUCUGAUGCGUACGCAUCAUCAUACAAACAGCAGCACAACUAAAUUGUAUUCUACACCAUUUUAUAGUAUAGAAGCCUACGGUAAGGUCGUAAGGUACACCCUUAUGGCUUAUUUCGUGUAAAUAUUUUUAGCUUACGCUAAAAGCUCCGUCACACUGACGCGGAAACGUUCCGGAGCGGUCGCAGAGCGGUGCGGUAAAGGCGGUGAUGUCACAUGGAUUGAAAACGUUUUGAUCGCGGACUCGCGUUGCAACCGCGUACGGCUACGGCCACGAACAUUAAUUUGUAAACCGUAUUUCCGUAAUAUUUGGGUCUUAAAUCAUUAACACAUGAAUAUUGUCAAACACUCAAUCAGGUUCUCCGUAACAUUCGUUAUUGCAAACAAUAUUGUUAUUUACUUCGUUCUGCACAACCGCUCCGCGGCCGAUCCGCGCUCAAUAUGACGAGCGACUGGCCGCGCCCGCACCGCUUCCUCGGUCGGUGGAUCGAGGGCGGAUUGAACGCAGUGAUUAGCAGUGUGGCAUAGCUCAUAACGUUAUGUGCAUUCCGAGUUGCGCGGCACCGCGCGCAAUCCGCGUUGGUUGUUCUACCACGUCAGUGUGACGGAGCCUUAAGUGCGCAACUGUAAUUUAUACGAGAGCCCUCAUGUUUGGUGCCCUCAAUUGUCUUUACUGCUCCGUUGGGUUGCGAAUUUAAUCUGGAUUUUUUAUGAAUAUGAUCUGUCAGUGUCAAAAGUGUCGUUUUUGAUUGAAGAAAUGAAUGAAUUCACAACCUGUUAUUACAAUCAGAAUAAGCGUCCA